CAGUUGUCUCUUUUUCUGUAUAAAUCAACAGUUUAAGCAAAACCAAGCUUCAUAUUCUUCCUCUCUAUCUCUUUGCCUUCUUCCCCACCUCUAUGAAUAUGGCUCCCCACCAGUCAUCGAAGUUAGUCCUGCAUCUCCUAUCAAUUUACCUCGUUGUCCUCAACUUUUCCUUUAUCCCAGUUUACGCUCUUAACAUUGGUAUUCAAGCCAGUUCUGGCCUCUCUCUGAGUAAAGAGUGCAGUAAAAAAUGCGAAUCAGAGUUCUGCAAUGUGCCUCCAUUUCUAAGAUAUGGAAAGUAUUGUGGGCUUCUAUACAGUGGAUGUCCAGGGGAGAAGCCAUGUGAUGGCCUUGAUGCUUGUUGCAUGAAACAUGAUGCCUGCAUACAAGCUAAGAACAAUGACUACUUGAGCACAGAGUGCAGCCAGGACUUCUUAGACUGCAUCGCAACGUUCAAGAGAUCAGGAGGGAAGACAUUCAAAGGGAACACUUGCUCAGUUGGUGAGGUUACCAAAGUCAUCACCGUCGUCAUUGAUGCUGCUUUGCUUGCCGGAAGAUACCUCCACAAGCCUUGAUUUUCAUAUUUUUUUUAGGACAAAAAGUGGUUUGUAAAAAAAAAAAAAAAAGAGAGAGAGACCCCUUACCCAUUUAAUUUUUUCAAACUUUUUUUCCUCUACUAUCCCUAGCUAGCAAUGUGACAUGGCUAGAUGUAAGUGUUUCUGACAUCUUUUUGUUAUACUAUUUGACCCCAUUUGUCCUAA